CGCCGCCGUCCUCCGAGACGCGCCGCCCUGACAGUUUGAGUUUACUUUUUGUCUUAGUUGGCAACGCGGAAGGAUGUCGGAGACCGCGCCAGUCGCUCCUGUGGCGCCCGCACCCGCAGAGAAGGCACCUGUGAAGAAGAAGGUGAAGAAGAGCGGCGCUGCCGCCGGGAAGCGCAAGGCGUCCGGGCCGCCGGUGUCCGAGCUCAUCACCAAGGCCGUGGCCGCCUCCAAGGAGCGCAGCGGCGUGUCCCUGGCCGCGCUCAAGAAGGCGCUGGCGGCCGCCGGCUACGACGUGGAGAAGAACAACAGCCGCAUCAAGCUGGGCCUCAAGAGCCUGGUGAGCAAGGGCACCCUGGUGCAGACCAAGGGCACCGGCGCCUCGGGCUCCUUCAAGCUCAACAAGAAGGCGGCGUCCGGGGAGGCCAAGCCCAAAGCCAAGAAGGCGGGCGCGGCCAAGCCCAAGAAGGCUGCCGGGGCGGCCAAGAAAGCCAAGAAGGCGACGGGGGCCAGCACCCCCAAGAAGAGCGCCAAGAAGACCCCGAAGAAGGCGAAGAAGCCCGCGGCGGCGGCGGCUGCGGGCAAGAAAGUGGCCAAGAGCCCGAAGAAGGUGAAAGCGGCCAAACCCAAGAAGGCGGCUAAGAGCCCCGCCAAGGCCAAGGCCCCGAAGCCCAAAGCGGCCAAGCCCAAAGCUGCCAAGCCUAAGGCGACAAAGGCAAAGAAAGCUGCGCCUAAGAAGAAGUGAAGGUUGUAGCGGUAUGUCCUGCCUCCGAGUUCUCAAAGGCUCUUUUCAGAGCCACCCCACUAUUUCAAGUGGAAGAGCUUAACUGGUAUCUCUAAGGUACUUUUUGUGUUUCGUCUUGACACUCAUUCGUCGUCAGCCUUUUUAGUUUCCUUUCUCCUCUCUUGUUCAAAUACUCGCGCCGGAGCAGGUGAUUGGUCCGCGGCUUUUGAAUUGAGUGGCUCUAGAGGAACCUGCUGCCUCUCCUUGCAAUUCUAAUCUGUAAGCUGCUGUCACUAGGGCUACCGUUCUCGAGAAGUUUGGUGGCUCUGAGAAGGAAGAACCUUUGACUGUUUGGGGCAGGGACCGUGAGUGGGUAACUCCUCAUUUGCCCUAAGCUUUGUGGUGGUUCUCGGUCUUAGGACGCCGCCCUGCGCGAUGGUCACGCGGCCCAGCAGCUUGUUGAGCUCCUCGUCGUUGCGGAUGGCCAGCUGCAGGUGGCGCGGGAUGAUGCGCGUCUUCUUGUUGUCGCGGGCCGCGUUGCCCGCCAGCUCCAGGAUCUCGGCCGUCAGGUACACCGGCGCGCCGGCCCCCACCCGCUCGGCGUAGUUGCCCUUGCGGAGCAGGCGGUGCACGCGGCCCACCGGGAACUGCAGCCCGGCCCGCGACGAGCGCGUCUUGGCCUUGGCGCGAGCCUUGCCGCCCUGCUUCCCGCGCCCCCACGUGUUUGGAGAAGGGGCUGUAGUGUAAAAAGCCGGUCUGAAGAAGGGGCCAUUAUAGUCACUGGAUGUUUCCUAACGUUUCUUUCCCAUUGGUUUGCAGAUGUUGUUCUGAGUUAGCCAAUCAGAAGGUACUCUUGACUUGCUGGGCCCCCAGUGGUAGAAAAAUACUGCGCCAGUUAGAGGUUGACAUUAAAGCUUGUGUAUGUUGUGGAGCAGUAGAAAAUCUUGUUUUUGUUUUUGUUUUUUCCCCCUUGGUUAGUUUGAGGCCUCCUUUGGGGCACUAUUCACGCUAUUCUCCUCUAAAGCUGAAUGAUUAUUUAGCACCCCGAGGCUAAGGAACAUUAAAAAGGGUAAAAGUCUUCUCUGGUGGUUUGUUAUUCAUCCUCUUUGCCAGAUUUCCUUCCCCUGGAUUGCUGAGAGGUCCCAGGGAGGCAUGGUUGGCUUGAAUAUUUAUGCCGAAUAAUGAAAGAAUACAAAGGGUGAAACGCAAUAAAAGAAAAAUCUCUGGGAGUCUGCGUGGUUUGUUAGAAAGUUCCCGGAGUUGGAGUUGCGGUGACCAGAGCAAAACAUUUGGAUUCUACAUGGGUUGAUCUUCCACCAGGGCCGAGUAUGCUUUAAGUAUGGAGAAGGUGUCUAGAUUUCCUCAGACCGUCCUUAGAGUCCAAAGAACUCAGAUACUGCUGAUCACAUCUCCAGUGGGCACAGAUUACUCAAGGCCCGUUGUGACUUAACUACUUCACAAGCCCUUUGGAAUGCCUCAGACACAGCUAAGUAUGAUUUCAUCAAGGUCCUAAUUUUUCUAUGGUUUCCAUAUAUUCGUAUUCGGAUUCCUUUCCCUGGGACAGGACAGGGUUUUCACAGGCAUCAGAACUUAUUUAAAUCUUUUCCCAUCUUCCCCCAAUUUUUGUUACAGCUAACGUCCUGGGUAAGGAAGACCACCGCUGUCUUAGUGUUCUGCACCCAGAGGACGAGGGAACAGGAAGCUCAUUCCCAGUCACCGUGUUUCAUCACUGACCACGUCCCUGGGACGGUCUCCCUUGAGGGUCUCUUGAAAUGCUCAUGCUUGGGUUUCUGAUGCUCUCUUGGUGAACCAAGAGGGUCUGUCCGUUAUUGUUGCAAAAGCCCAGGUUUAGAAAAACCUGAGAGAUUGACACUUACAGAUGGCAAACAUCAGACAGGCGCCCCUGUGAGUAGUUCUCUCAGAAGCACACAACCAGUCAAUCAAUCAAUCGAUCAAUCAAUAUAAAUACAAUUUUCAGGACCAGUCUGAAGUAACCACUUUCUCCUUCUGCUUAGUAAUUGCCUGACUUCUUAUAACAGGAGGCGGCACACUGUAUUCCUGUCACUGUAUUGAGGCCCCAAUUGUUCCUGUCACUCAGUCACUAAAUCAGGUUGAUGUUUAUUUAGAGUCUCGGUAAGUGAUCUUUCCGCCUUUCUCACAUGCUCUCUGUAUCUUCUCCGGCUUGGGAUGAUUCUACUGUUUCCCACCCAGGGUCCUAAUUCUCCAGCCCCGAACUCUGCAAUUCUGGUCAUUCUGUGAUCUGUCUUAUGCAUAGGGUGACUGGCUUCCCAUUGCCUUAGGUUCAGGUGGGAACUUUGCAGUCAAUUUUUUUUUUUUCAUAAUAAUACUUUCUGCUUGCAUUAACUAGCACUAAUAACAACUCAAAUUUUCUUUUCAGUGCCUUCUCAUUUGUUCUUUUUUUUUUUUUUUUUUUUUUUUUUUAAAGAA